GCAAUAACGAGACAUUCACUUUUUGCUACAACGACGAACACAACACAACUGAGAAACAUGGAGAAACUGUAUGCGAACAUUUGACGAAGAAGACCGAAAAAUGGCACAUACCUGCCGGAAAAUGAAGCGAUACCACAUUGACGCCUAUCUGUCACUGACAAAUACGCGAAAUCCGUUGGUUUUUGACGAGGAAUACCAGAAUACGUGAGGAUUUUUUUUUUUUCCUGAACACGGCCGUCGUAAUCCCAGAAGAAAGAAGUAAACAUUAAAAAAAAAAAAAACAUGGCUACGAUUGAUAGUUCCGAUAAGGGCUCCGAGCGGGCGGCGAUGGAGAGGUUCGGCAGCGGGGGAAUGGCGCUCCUUCCUUGGACCAAACAGAUGCUCACCGUACUGUGGGAACAGCUUCGGCUGCUGGUUCAAGUCAUUUACUACACUUUUGUGUCGGUUUUCCAGAUGUUCAGGUUUGAGGUUCAUGUGAGAAUCACGGACGAGACAGGUCAACACAUCCAGCACAUGACCGCGGCAGCAAACCCGACCGAGUCCUUCCUGUUCUCCUCCCUGUUCGACGGAGACAACGGCGUCAUGGUCGGCGGUUCAAAUCCCCUCUCCAACUUCUGCGCCGACGUCGGCGACCCCUUCGCGGGCAAGUCCACGGCCGAGGCCCUGCUCUCCAGCCUGCGCGCCGACGACCUGUGCUGCGGGCUCGUCGACGACCUCGUGUCCAGAACCGCUGGCAACGAGGAGGCCAUCUUUCUCGGACACCAGUCCGGCUGGCAAAUGGGCUUCCCCGGCGACUGGAACAUCUUCGUGUCGAGCAGCGACAGUUCUGGUUCCAACGACGCCUGUCAUAAAGGCAGCGAGAGAGUCUUCCAGCAGGAGUUUUCUAAGGAGGGCGCUUUCAAGCAGGACACUUCAGAGGAGGAGAGGAGCUGCCACUGGAGCAGCGAGGAAGACCAGAACGUAGUAGAAUUCGAGAGCGAGGAAAGCAAGGCGCUUUGGGAGUCUCUGUCCAAAUCUAGUGAUCCUUACAACCCCUUCUUUUUCUCUGCCUGUAUUUCAACCAACGCCAACAUGGGGAAAAGUCAAAGUGAAGUGAGAGACAGCAGUGACACUGACCUUACAUCAGCGAGUAAGGCCAGCGAGGAGAUGUUGGGGCCUCAAGGCCUGAACAUCUGGGUCAGCCGCUCCGACAGCGAGAGCAGCUGGAGCAGCUGGGCCAGUUCGGACGGUUCGACCCCCGACAUUGACAGAGAGGAAAGCGAGAGGCUCUGGGAUUUCUUCAGCUGUCCCGAAGACCCCUACAAUCCCAUGUGCUUCACCGCGUGCAAAGUCAGCGACGCCACUCCGCAAAACGCCGCGUCCUCCGAACGGCGGGCCUCGCUCCCUCCGCCUCCGUCCAAGUCUGACACCGACACGGAGGAGAAGGAGAGCAGCUUUCCCCCUUCCUCCGAGGACGACGAAGAAGAGCAGCUGUGGAAGUCUCUUUGCCAAAAGGACGACCCGUACCACCCUCUGAACUUCCAGGCUUGCCUUCAGAGCACCCCGACGAAGGGCCCGGACGCCCUCGAUGUCCGCCCGCCUCCCACAAAGACGAAGAAACGGGCGAAAGCAGCACGGAAGUCCAGAGCGGUCACCGGGCCCUCUCUUCAAGAGAGGAAGUCAGAGCGUCACUCCCACCCUCACAAAACACUGGUGCCCUGGAAGAGACCUGGACAAACACCUCACUCCCCCCCAGAGGACAGGAAGGAGAAGACUAGCAGCACACUGAAAAAGGUGCGGUUUUCCCCUGUUGUCCAACUCCACGUGAUGAGGACCUGGCCGUUCGCUCGGCAGGCGUCUCGCAAAGGGCCCUGGGAAGAAAUGGCACGGGACCGCGACCGCUUCCAGAGGCGGGUCAGGGAGACGGAGCAGGCCAUCGGCCACUGUUUCACCCAGUCCCACAGAGACAAGAUCCGGGCGAGACUCGAUGGUGCCUUGAAAUAACGAAAAAAGUCCUGGACACUGAAUGUUUUAUUUCCUUUUUUGGAUGAGAACUUGUGAUUGGUUGCAAUGCAACAGUGAUUUUGAUUUAGGCCAAUUAGAAAUUUGAUGUUAGGCCAACUAAAUGUUCGGUGUCAAGUUGAACAACCUUGUACCUCAGAAGGUUUUUGUACAUUGUGUAACUGUUGCACUGACUGACACUUUCUCAUAUUAACCUCAGCAUUGAUGCGUGGAAUGUUGUUUUUGUAUGCCUUAUACACUGACCUAGUAAUGUAUCUAACUUAUUUAUGCCCUAUGGAGCUUGUUGUGUAUUUUUUACUGUUUUCAAUGUGUUUUUAUAUGUGUGGAAAAAAAUCACAGUGGUGAGUGUAGAUAAGUAGAUAAACAUGAUGUCCUAAGAAGAGGAGCUUUAUAGCACAAAGUGUUCUGAAAAGUUUUAUUUAAACACAAUGGAUACAUAUCCAGAACUCUGGUGCAAUUCUCGUCUCACUGUUUAAAUAUUUUACACCGAGUGGUUUCAGUUUUAGUCUUGUGUUUUCUUAAACGUUGGCACACAAUGGAGUGCGAGACACACGUCUUUGUGAUCAUAAUUAGUUUCACAACACUUUGUCCUAUGUGAGAGCUUCUCGUGGCAACAUCAUGUAGCUAAAAAAAUACAUCAAAAAAUGUCAGUGGCAAACAAUCAUUAGGUGCUUCAUUGAUUCAAUAAAAUUUGUUACACUUGA